AUGCCUGUCAAGGAAUGGUGGACACCUGCGGUGUCGGACACUCAGGAGCACGAAAAGAAGGGGAUCAAUAUUUCACGUCACACCCAGCGUCUAAAUUUAGACGACGGCAAAGACUACGAUGGUGAUGAUGGAGAUCGAGCCACAAAACCUCCUGUGAGCAUUGCGCCCUCAGAUUGGAUCACCUCAACCUCUGAAAAUGGUCUCCUCUCUGAUUUUCUCUUCUACUACAACCUCAUUUCCGAACGCAUCUUUACCAAUGACCGGGCAUACCUUGAGCAGUGUAAGGGUGUUCUCAUAGGGCGGCUGCCCCGCAUCCACCCCGUCCUCUUUCUUUUGUCCUCAUUUUGUUCACAAUCUUGCCGAUUUCCUCUCCUGCAGUAUGAGUGGUUGAGGCUCUCUGUGCCUGGUUAUGGUGUCUACGACGAGGAAGACAGCUUUUGCGCGAAGUGGACCAGAUGCGAGCUUCAUAAACUGAGGGAAAGGGUUGCUGCCAAGGCAUCCUUGGUUGCGCUGUCUGAACUAUCCUCCGAAGACCUUCAGUCAGUGCGCAUACUCUUGUCUAAUUGUCAGUACUGCGUGAAUGAGGCCGAGAAAACCCUUGGAGAUGAAUCCACUAAAUCGACGGUAUCGAUUUCGGUUCCCAAGGUGCCUGAAUUGGCGUCUAAAGUGGAAGAGAGGGGCAAACUGUUACCACUGGAUUUUGAACAACCGCCCGGUGAAGAUGAGUGUCUUGAGGCAAUUGUUGAAGCUGAAGAUCUACAGGCUGGAGGAGAGGAGAGUCUCUACGAUGACCUCGAUUACUUAGGUCAACCGGUUGGCAAAGCCGAGAAUUGCGAGUGGGGUCCAGUUCUGGAAUUAUUGCAGUAUUGUAGAUGUUUGUCUCGGCGAUUGCAACAACAUUACGGAGGUGAUGGAUUUACUAACUUCAAUGUUCAACUGGAGGAGGGUAGGAAUUAUGACCUUUAG